AUGGCGUCGCCAUCGGAUAUCUCUACGUACUGUUUACUGACGGCCAUUCUGAUGAGCACGCUACCCCCUACCUUUACCUCCUCCCUCUCACUCUCGCUCUUCUCUCCUAGAUACCCAACAGAUGGUAGUGGAUGUUCAGUUGGUGGAGGGUCCUUAGGGCCCCUAGAAAAUGCCAACGAAAUUGACUUCGCAUUUUAUGGAUUUGAGUCAUACAUCUACAGGGACGUAGAAACAUGGACGGAUACGGUGGAUAUAACAUUCGACAUUGUUGAUGUGGAUAAUUUGAAAGAGGACGAGAUUGGUACUUUUGUAUUUAAUAUCGAACAAGCACGUGGUAGGACUGCCAGCGAAUCCAUGUACAUAGACUACCGGAAGGGAAUGACCACAACGAUGUCAAUCCAGUUGAAAGUGUACUGUAACACUGACUUUUAUGGCGGAAACUGUUCCGUGGCUUGCACACAAUCGGACACCGAUGCUGACGGACAUUAUACGUGCGACCUGGACACGGGAGAAAAGGUCUGCUUAACUGGAUACGAGGGAACAGACUGCAAAGACAACAUAGAUGACUGCUUGAGUGACCCUUGUCAGAACGGUGCAGAAUGUGAAGAUGCACUCAAUGACUUCAUCUGCAAAUGCAAAGACGGAUACACCGGGACGCUUUGUGAGGAAGAGUUAGAUGAGUGUUCCAGCAACCCUUGUGGGAACGACGGAUUAUGUAAGGAUAGAGUAAAUGGUUUCAUCUGUAACUGCACUGACGGGUAUAAUGGAACGCUUUGCGAUGGGGAUAUAGAUGAGUGUUCCAGCAACCCUUGCCAGAACGGUGGACUAUGUGAGGAUAGAGUAAAUGGUUUCAUAUGUAACUGCACUGAUGGGUAUAAUGGAACGCUUUGCGAUGGAGAGGUAGAUGAGUGUUCCAGCAAUCCUUGUCAGAACGGUGGAUUAUGUGAGGAUAGAGAAAAUGGUUUUAUAUGUAACUGCACUGAUGGGUAUAAUGGAACGCUUUGCGAUGGGGAUAUAGAUGAGUGUUCCAGCAACCCUUGUCAGAACGGUGGAGUAUGUGAGGAUAAAGUAAAUGGUUUUAUCUGUAACUGCACUGACGGGUAUAAUGGAACGCUUUGCGAUGGGGAUAUAGAUGAGUGUUCCAGCAACCCUUGCCAGAACGGUGGAGUAUGCGAGGAUAGAGUAAAUGGUUUCAUAUGUAACUGCACUGAUGGGUAUAAUGGAAUGCUUUGCGAUGUGGAUAUAGAUGAGUGUUCCAGCAGCCCUUGUCAGAAUGGUGGAGUAUGCGAGGAUAGAGUAAAUGGUUUCAUCUGUAACUGCACUGAUGGGUAUAAUGGAACGCUUUGCAACUGGGAUAUAGAUGAGUGUUCCAGCAACCCUUGUCAGAAUGGUGGAGUAUGUGAGGAUAAAGUAAAUGGUUUUAUCUGUAACUGCACUGCUGGGUAUAAUGGAACUCUUUGCAAUGGAGAAGUAGAUGAGUGUUCCAGCAAUCCUUGUCAGAACGGUGGAUUAUGUGAGGAUAGAGUAAAUGGUUUUAUCUGUAACUGCACUGAUGGGUAUAAUGGAACUCUUUGCAAUGGAGAAGUAGAUGAGUGUUCCAGCAAUCCUUGUCAGAACGGUGGAGUAUGUGAGGAUAGAGUAAAUGGUUUUACAUGUAACUGCACUGAUGGGUAUAAUGGAACGCUUUGCGAUGGAGACAUAGAUGAGUGUUCCAGCAACCCUUGUCAGAACGGUGGACUAUGUGAGGAUAUAGUAAAUGAUUUCAUCUGUAACUGCACUGAUGGGUAUAAUGGAACGCUUUGCGAUGGGGAUGUAGAUGAGUGUUCCAGCAACCCUUGUCAGAACGGUGGAGUAUGUGAGGAUAAAGUAAAUGGUUUUAUCUGUAACUGCACUGACGGGUAUAAUGGAACGCUUUGCGACGGGGAUAUAGAUGAGUGUACCAGCAACCCUUGUCAGAACGGUGGACUAUGUGAGGAUAGAUUAAAUGGUUUCAUCUGUAACUGCACUGAUGGGUAUAAUGGAACGCUUUGCAACGGGGAUAUAGAUGAGUGUUCCAGCAACCCUUGUCAGAAUGGUGGAGUAUGCGAGGAUAAAGUAAAUGGUUUUAUCUGUAACUGCACUGACGGGUAUAAUGGAACGCUGUGCGAUGGGGAUAUAGAUGAGUGUUCCAGCAACCCUUGCCAGAACGGUGGAUUAUGUGAGGAUAGAGUAAAUGGUUUCAUCUGUAACUGCACUGACGGGUAUAAUGGAACGCUCUGCGAUGGGGAUAUAGAUGAGUGUUCCAGCAACCCUUGUCAGAAUGGUGGAGUAUGUGAGGAUAGAGUAAAUGGUUUCAUAUGUAACUGCACUGACGGGUAUAAUGGAACGCUUUGCGAUGGGGAUAUAGAUGAGUGUUCCAGCAACCCUUGUCAGAACGGUGGACUAUGUGAGGAUAGACUAAAUGGUUUCAUCUGUAACUGCACUGAUGGGUAUAAUGGGACGCUUUGCAACGGGGAUGUAGAUGAGUGUUCCAGCAGCCCUUGUCAGAAUGGUGGAGUAUGCGAGGAUAGAGUAAAUGGUUUCAUCUGUAACUGCACUGACGGGUAUAAUGGAACGCUCUGCGAUGGGGAUAUAGAUGAGUGUUCCAACAAUCCUUGCCAGAACGGUGGAUUAUGUGAGGAUAGAGUAAAUGGUUUCAUCUGUAACUGCACUGAUGGGUAUAAUGGGACGCUUUGCGAUGGGGAUAUAGAUGAGUGUUCCAGCAACCCUUGUCAGAAUGGUGGAGUAUGCGAGGACAAAGUAAAUGGUUUUAUCUGUAACUGCACUGACGGGUAUAAUGGAACGCUUUGCGAUGGGGAUAUAGAUGAGUGUUCCAGCAACCCUUGUCAGAACGGUGGACUAUGUGAGGAUAGAUUAAAUGGUUUCAUCUGUAACUGCACUGAUGGGUAUAAUGGGACGCUUUGCAACGGGGAUGUAGAUGAGUGUUCCAGCAGCCCUUGUCAGAAUGGUGGAGUAUGCGAGGAUAGAGUAAAUGGUUUCAUCUGUAACUGCACUGACGGGUAUAAUGGAACGCUUUGCGAUGUGGAUAUCGAUGAGUGUUCGAGCAAUCCUUGCCAGAACGGUGGAUUAUGUGAGGAUAGAGUAAAUGGUUUCAUAUGUAACUGCACUGAUGGGUAUAAUGGAAUGCUUUGCGAUGUGGAUAUAGAUGAGUGUUCCAGCAACCCUUGUCAGAACGGUGGAGUAUGUGAGGAUAGAGUAAAUGGUUUCAUCUGUAACUGCACUGACGGGUAUAAUGGAACGCUCUGCGAUGGGGAUAUAGAUGAGUGUUCCAUCAACCCUUGUCAGAAUGGUGGAGUAUGUGAGGAUAGAGUAAAUGGUUUCAUAUGUAACUGCACUGACGGGUAUAAUGGAACGCUUUGCGAUGGGGAUAUAGAUGAGUGUUCCAGCAACCCUUGUCAGAACGGUGGACUAUGUGAGGAUAGACUAAAUGGUUUCAUCUGUAACUGCAAUGAUGGGUAUAAUGGGACGCUUUGCAACGGGGAUGUAGAUGAGUGUUCCAGCAGCCCUUGUCAGAAUGGUGGAGUAUGCGAGGAUAGAGUAAAUGGUUUCAUCUGUAACUGCACUGACGGGUAUAAUGGAACGCUCUGCGAUGGGGAUAUAGAUGAGUGUUCCAACAAUCCUUGCCAGAACGGUGGAUUAUGUGAGGAUAGAGUAAAUGGUUUCAUCUGUAACUGCACUGAUGGGUAUAAUGGGACGCUUUGCGAUGGGGAUAUAGAUGAGUGUUCCAGCAACCCUUGUCAGAAUGGUGGAGUAUGCGAGGACAAAGUAAAUGGUUUUAUCUGUAACUGCACUGACGGGUAUAAUGGAACGCUUUGCGAUGGGGAUAUAGAUGAGUGUUCCAGCAACCCUUGUCAGAACGGUGGACUAUGUGAGGAUAGAUUAAAUGGUUUCAUCUGUAACUGCACUGAUGGGUAUAAUGGGACGCUUUGCAACGGGGAUGUAGAUGAGUGUUCCAGCAGCCCUUGUCAGAAUGGUGGAGUAUGCGAGGAUAGAGUAAAUGGUUUCAUCUGUACCUGCACUGACGGGUAUAAUGGAACGCUUUGCGAUGUGGAUAUCGAUGAGUGUUCGAGCAAUCCUUGCCAGAACGGUGGAUUAUGUGAGGAUAGAGUAAAUGGUUUCAUAUGUAACUGCACUGAUGGGUAUAAUGGAAUGCUUUGCGAUGUGGAUAUAGAUGAGUGUUCCAGCAACCCUUGUCAGAACGGUGGAGUAUGUGACGAAAGGGUAAAUGGUUUCAUCUGUAACUGCACUGAUGGGUAUAAUGGAACGCUUUGCGAAGGGGAUAUAGAUGAGUGUUCCAGCAACCCUUGUCAGAACGGUGGAGUAUGUGAGGAUACAGUAAAUGGUUUCAUAUGUAACUGCACCGUUGGGUAUAAUGGAACGCUUUGCGAUGAUGAUAAAGAUGAGUGUUCCAGCAACCCUUGUCAGAACGGUGGACUAUGUGAGGAUAGAGUAAAUGGUUUCAUCUGUAACUGCACUGAUGGGUAUAAUGGGACGCUUUGCAACGGGGAUAUAGAUGAGUGUUCCAGUAACCCUUGUCAGAACGGUGGACUAUGUGAGGAUAGAGUAAAUGGUUUCAUCUGUAACUGCACUGAUGGGUAUAAUGGGACGCUUUGCGAUGGGGAUAUAGAUGAGUGUUCCAGCAACCCUUGCCAGAACGGUGGAUUAUGUGAGGAUAGAGUAAAUGGUUUCAUAUGUAACUGCACUGAUGGGUAUAAUGGAAUGCUUUGCGAUGUGGAUAUAGAUGAGUGUUCCAGCAAUCCUUGCCAGAACGGUGGAGUAUGCGAGGAUAUAGUAAAUGAUUUCAUCUGUAACUGCACUGAUGGGUAUAAUGGAACGCUUUGCGAUGGGGAUAUAGAUGAGUGUUCCAGUAACCCUUGUCAGAACGGUGGUGUAUGUCUGGAUAAAGUAAAUGGUUUUAUCUGUAACUGCACUGACGGGUAUAAUGGAACGCUUUGCGAUGGGGAUAUAGAUGAGUGUUCCAGCAACCCUUGUCAGAACGGUGGACUAUGUGAGGAUAGAUUAAAUGGUUUCAUGUGUAACUGCACUGAUGGGUAUAAUGGGACGCUUUGCAACGGGGAUGUAGAUGAGUGUUCCAGCAGCCCUUGUCAGAAUGGUGGAGUAUGCGAGGAUAGAGUAAAUGGUUUCAUCUGUAACUGCACUGACGGGUAUAAUGGAACGCUUUGCGAUGGGAAUAUAGAUGAGUGUUCCAGCAAUCCUUGCCAGAACGGUGGAGUAUGUGAGGAUAGAGUAAAUGGUUUCAUAUGUAACUGCACUGAUGGGUAUAAUGGAACACUUUGCAAUGGGGAUAUAGAUGAGUGUUCCAGCAACCCUUGUCAGAACGGUGGAGUAUGUGAGGAUAGAGUACAUGGUUUCAUUUGUAACUGCACUGAUGGGUAUAAUGGAACGCUUUGCGAUGUGGAUAUAGAUGAGUGUUCCAGCAACCCUUGUCAAAACGGUGGAUUAUGUGAGGAUAGAGUAAAUGGUUUCAUAUGUAACUGCACUGAUGGGUAUAAUGGAACGCUUUGCAAUGGGGAUAUAGAUGCGUGUUCCAGUAACCCUUGUCAGAACGGUGGAUUAUGUGAGGAUAGAGUACAUGGUUUUAUCUGUAACUGCACUGAUGGGUAUAAUGGAACGCUUUGCGAUGUGGAUAUAGAUGAGUGUUCCAGCAACCCUUGUCAGGUUGGUUGGGUAUGUGAGGAUAGAGUAAAUGGGUACAUUUGCUUUGAUGAGCUCUGUUUAGAGGUUGAUUGCGUUGAAGGCGACUGUUUUGAAGGGAGGUGCUUUUGUUAUGAAGGAUAUGUUGGUGAUAACUGUAACCUGGUCGACCCCUGUGCCAGUUCACCAUGUGAGGCAGGAACGUGCAUUGAGUUCAACGGAGACUUUAGCUGUGAGUGUGAGCCUUUCUUUAUGGGCACCCUUUGCGACCAGCCGGUUGAGGAUCCCUGCCUUGAGCUCCAACCUUGCGUAGGUGGAGAGUGCAGUCUUUCAAGCACUACCUCUUAUGGCUACGCUUGCAACUGCCUGACAAACUACCACGGCACCAACUGCGAAAUUGAUUUGAUCGUGUACAGCUACAGCAUGCUCCUUGAUGGCAGCGACAUCAACAUCAUUGAAUUCGAAUCCAGCAUGGCGUCUUUACUGCAAAAGGAAAGCGUCUCUGUGCUGGCCGUCGAGAAUGAAAUAGUUGUGACCGUAUUGACCACUGAGGACUACAGAGCAGUCCAGACAGGUGACUCGUUGACAAACCUGACCUUCCUGGCGAAGCAAUUGGAGCAGAGCAUCUUCACGUAUCUAACAGAAGAAGAAAUCGCCGCUUUGCUGAGUAAAUCGUCCCAGGAGGACAUAGAGGACGCCCUGGGGCACACGUUGUUUUUUGGGGAGGCCACACCAGUCAUUGAGUCAGAAAAAUCUUUGGCCUACUACUUGGUGCUCUUCGCUAUUUUUAGCGUCCUCCUUAUAACCAUCGUGUUAGUUCUGAUCUGUAUUGCUGUGCGUUUCCGAAAAUCCAAGCGAAAGGAGCUAAAACAGAUUGAAGGCAAGGAAUUAUCAAUUUCUACAUUUCAAAACUAUCAAGCCAGAAAAAAUCGAGUGUUGCAUUGGCAAGAAUCAACGCAGAGUGCGGCGGUAGAAUUUGAAAAUCCCGCCUUCGACGAAGAUGUGUAUUUACCCGGCGAUGAGGGCGCUAGAGGCUACCAAAAUGGCGACCCUUUGCGUUUAUCUGCGACAGACCAACAGACCCAAGAAGGGACGAGUGUUCGGUAUUACUGGACAGAUGGAAAGAGGACUGCAAACUCCGGUAGUAAGAAGCAACACGUAAACAAGCGCAAGGAUGGCAGUAAAAAAGCUAAAUUACGGUCCAAACAUUCGGUUGCUGAAGAAGGUGGCGAAUGGUCUUUCGGAGUUCAGCAGAAUGAGGGGCGACAUUCAGGGAGUAAUUUAGAUGUCGAGAUAGGUCGGCGAGAGGGGGAUACCCAUCAGGUUCCCAAUUCCUUUCACGGUAACGUACUUAUGAGGUCCACAUCCCACCAGCAACAUUCGUCCCGCAAUUAUAAUCUGCAGUUUAGCUCUAAUCGAUCGAUGAGCAUGAUGUUUUGA